CUAUUCACUUUCCUUAUCUUAGCAACCGCUGAACAUCAGUUAUUUUCAAUUUUCGCCAAAUUCGUGUUGACAUGUAAAUUACAAACAAGCUAAACUAAUUAUUAAACUUGUGAAAUUUUUCGACUGAGAGAGUGUCGCCAAAUAUUCCUUAACUUUUUUGUCGAGAGCGGCGUGAGAAUCUUCGUUCUGAUACAUUUUCAGAUAGACAGGACCCUUUCCUUUAUAACAAUAAAAUUAUCUAAAUUGUGUUUUCUACGUUUAUUUUAAAAUAGCGCUCAGAAUGCACAAGUUACCAAACUUCCUUGCGAGCUUACCGCGAGGAGGCCUUUAUCCUUUUAACGUACGUAAAAUAGCAGCAGCCACGGCUGUUAAGCCGUCAAAUGCAAGCAAGGCGGCGAACAAUAACCAAAAUUGCAUGCCGGAGGAAGACAGAUGUUCAGACCCAAACUCUCGGGGUUUGGUCCUGGGAGUGUAUGCGAAUGAAGAUGAUAGACUUGAUUCAGGCGUUUUGACCCCAGUUGGCUGGAAGUACAAUAAGGUGAAGACCAAUGGCCGUCUCCUGGACCUUCUACGAGUAGCGGGUCCUAUGCCCAAAAGAGGUGAGUGCCGGAUCUUUUACAACUUGGAGCCCAACUACUCGGCCGUUUGUGUGUGUGGUCUGGGUCAGGAAUGCCUCGGCUAUAAUACCUAUGAGAUGAUCGAUGAACAUAAAGAAGCUAUUCGUCGAGCAGCUGCUACAGGAUGCCGAGCCUUGCAGGAGAUCCACACCGAAAAAAUAAUCGUUGAAAGUUUUGGCCACGCGGAGUCAGCCGCUGAAGGAGCCGCACUCGGAGUUUGGGCCUACCAAGAACUGAAAAGCAAAAAUGAUCAACUUGUUGUCCCGCAAAUCGACUUGCACGUCGAGCGAGGGCAGGAGUGUGAUUGGGAUGGAUGGAGGAUUGGCUUGCAGAAAGCAGCCGCGCAAAAUUUGGCAAGGCAGUUGCAGGAGACUCCAGCGAACCUACUUAGUCCUACGUGCUUUGCACAGAACAUAGUUGAGGUUCUUUGUAAAUCAGGAGUCAACGUCGAAGUAAAGGUGAAGGGGUGGGCAGAGAGCCAGCAAAUGCAUGCAUUUCUGGCUAUCUCAAAGGCUUCCUGUGAGCCACCAAUAUUUUUAGAAUUAAGCUACUACGGAACGAACCGAGAAGAACGUCCAGUGGUUCUGGUAGGACAAGGGAUAACUUACGAUUGCGGUGGAAUCUGUUUGAAGGACAAAUAUGAGCUCAGUGAUAUGCGUGGCGAUAUGUCAGGGGCAGCAUGUGUUGUCUCUGUUUGCAGAGCUAUUGCGUCUCUUCAAUUGCCCAUCAACAUCCGUGGGUUGAUACCACUUUGCGAACAUGCUAUUGGCUGCAACUCAUGCAAGGCAGGCGAUGUGGUUAAAACUAUGAACGGGAAACAUGUCGAAUUUCAAAAGACACAUCGCGAAGAUGCCCUGGUCUUAAUUGAUGCUUUACUAUAUGCACAAAACUUCUGGCCAAAGUUCAUUUUGGAUAUUGGCACUACGUCAAAACAAAUGAGACAAGUUCUUUGUGAAGGAGCGACUGGUGUUUUCACAAAUUCAGAGGAACUAUGGCAACAGAUAAAAGGAGCCGCUGUUCACACAGGCGAUAGGGUCUGGAGAAUGCCCCUUUGGAGAUAUUUCUAUCAUAAUAUAACUCAAAAAAAACACGUCGAUGCCCAGAAUAUCGGAGGGGAUAAUGGCGGAAUGCCAUGCAAAAGUGCUGCACUUUUGAAGGAGUUCGUCCCAUGCGGCCAGUGGAUGCAUCUCGACAUACGCAGCGUUAUGACAACCAAUGGGAAAGCAUUUGAAUAUCUGAGACGAGGGAUGGCAGGACGUCCAACUCGAACAAUAAUUGAGUUUAUUGCACAAUUAGUGUGUCAUGAGGGUGAAACGCCACAAGCACCAUCAGUGAAUAAGUAAUUUACUCGUAUCUAUCUUUUUUUGCCCUAAACAAGGCGAAACUAAAUCUAAACAAUGCCUAAAAGUAGCGUUAUAUAUUUAACUCUCAACUAUUGUAGUUGGAUGUUUUGUUUUGAUGUGAUUUGUUUCCGAAGUCGAAAAUUCUGGUCCAGUAUAUUUUAUAAUGUAUUAAAUAAAUAGAAAUUGAAGUCUGAAAA